UUCAUGAUUUUGCUGAACUGACACAUUUUCUGCCAAGGAAGAGAACUAGACAGCAAGGAAGUAUGCAGUACAAGAUAUAUCAAGACAGUACAUUGUCGUACAUAAAGGCAGCCUAUGUAGUGGAUUAGACAUUGUCUACAACAAGACUAAAUGGACGGCGUUGGCUCAAGAGUUGUGCGUGGCCCUGACUGGAAAUGGGGCAAGCAAGAUGGCGGAGACGGUCAUGUUGGUACUCUGAGAAGCUUUGAGAGCCCAGAGGAGGUACUGGUAGUCUGGGACAACGGCACCGCCGCUAACUAUAGAUGUGGGAGCUACUUUGAUCUCAGAAUGCUGGACAAUGCAUCUGCUGGUAUCAAGCACGAUGGUGUGGUGUGUGAUGGGUGCUCUGCCUCUCCUCUGUAUGGCAUUCGCUGGAAGUGUAGCGACUGCCCUGACGUCAACCUCUGCUCUCCGUGUUACCAUGGGGAUCGUCACAAUCUCAGACACAGAUUUGUACGAAUUGCCGUGCCCAAUUCUCAAAGGGUGGAUGUUGACAGUCGCAGGAAGAGUAAGAAGCUCACCUCUCGUGGUAUCUUCCCUGGGGCCAGAGUAGUGAGAGGAGUGGACUGGCAGUGGGAGAACCAAGACGGAGGUGUCAAUCACAAGGGCAAGGUCACUGAGGUCCAGGACUGGAGUGCUACCAGUCUACGUAGUGCUGCCUACAUCAUGUGGGACCACGGGACUAAGAACCUCUAUCGUGUGGGCUUCGAGGGAAUGUCUGACCUGAAGGUGGUGACGGAUGCUAAAGGGGGUGGGUUCUAUCGGGACCACCUCCCACUCUUAGGGGAGGAGCAGCGUAAGAGAAUCGUGUAUCAGGUGGGGGACCGAGUGAGAGUGGAUUUAGAGCUGGAGCUGGUCAAGAGCUUGCAGCAAGGACACGGAGGAUGGAACGAUACCAUGGCAGAGACGGUUGGUGAAGUGGGAGUGGUGUGUGGGAUCGACGAGGACCAUGACGUUGUGGUCAAAUACUCGAGCCAAAACAGAUGGACGUUCAACCCUAUCAUCCUACGCAAGGCAUCAGUGGGGGAGUCCCUCCCUCCGCUCACCAUACCCCCGCUUGGAGAGGACGCCUUUGCCUUCAAGGAGGGGGACUUUGUUAAGAUCAGCACAGAUAGAGAGUUGGUCCGUCAACUGCAGACUGGGCACGGGGAAUGGGUGGAGUCAAUGACACAGACACUGGGCAAGGUUGGGCGUGUGCAGAAGGUGUACGCAGACGGUGACAUUAAGGUGGAUACUCAGGGAAGUCUGUGGACCUACAAUCCUCGUUGCCUCACCAAGGUGGAGGGAGACGGUGUCCCUCUCACUCCAGGAACCAGUGCUAAUGUGUCCUCGCUCCUGCGUCACAUGUUUGAGCAGCACGAGGCGAGCAAUCCGGUGGAGGACCUUGUAAAGGGGGCGGCCAGUGGGGACGUGACUAGAGUGGACCGACUGCUAACGGCCGACGAGUGUGGAGUCAAUGAUCAGUUCAACGGGCGGACAGCUCUCCAAGCAGCCAGCCAGAACGGCCAUAUUGACAUCGUGCGCUGUCUCAUCAGACACAAGGCCAACCUCGAGGAAGAGGACAAGGACGGAGACCGUGCGGUGCAUCACGCCAGUUUUGGGGACGAGCCUGAGGUGAUAUCACUGCUGGCAGAGAGUGGGGCGGACUUGAGUGCCCGUAACAAGAAGAAGCAGACCCCCCUCCACGUGGCCGUGAACAAGGGCCAUGUGUCCAUCAUCAAGGUCCUCCUGAGACACGGCUGUCACUCCAGUCUACAGGACUCUGAGGGUGACACUCCACUCCACGAUGCCAUCUCCAAGAAGAGGGACGAUAUGGUACAGCUAUUAAUGCAGGGAGAUGCUGACGUCACCGUCACCAAUAGCAACGGAUUCAACGUCCUCCACCAUGCUGCGUUGCGAGGUAACAUGGGAGCCAUGAAGCUCAUCCUGUCUCAUCUUCCUCCCUCCUGCUCUGUCAACCUGCCCAAGGACGAUGGCUUCUCUGCUCUACACCUGGCAGCCCUCAACAAUCACCUGGAGGUAUCGCAGCUGCUACUAGCUCACGGUGCCGACCCUGAUGUCCAGAACAUCAACAAGCAGACUCCCCUCCAUCUUGCAGUGGAGAGGCAGAACAUACAGAUAGUCAGACUGCUUGUGGAGGAGGGGGCCAAUCUGGACAGUGGGGACAAGUUUGGGGAUUGUCCCCUACACGAGGCACUACGACAUCACACGAUGUCACAGCUCAAGCAUCUCCAGGAGGGCAAAGAUAUUGGAAGGACCCUGGUAAUGAACAGCUCUGACAAGAAGAGCAGUGCCUCCAUUGCUGUGUAUAUGGCCUCCAACGGUGCUGACCUGCACGUAGAGAACAGAAAGGGUCAAACACCUCUCGAGCUUUGCCCAGACCCUCACCUCUUGAAGCUGCUCACUAAGUGUCACCAUGACUACAAUUCAGCCAGGCAACAAGCAGUUGGGACUCAGGAUAAUGAUGAGGAGCACUUGUAUGAGUGCAUGGUGUGCUCUAGUGAGAAGAGGGACACAGUCUUCAGUCCGUGUGGUCAUGUGGCUGCGUGCUGGGAGUGUGCCAGCAGGGUCAAGAAGUGCCUCAUCUGCAAACUAGAGCUCACUGACAGGACCAAGGUUGGGGAGUGUUACGUGUGUUCAGAAUCUCCUGCCAACGUCCUAUUCAAGCCUUGCCUGCACAUGGUGGCCUGUGAUUGUUGCUCUGCCAUUAUGAAGAAGUGUAUACAGUGCCGUACUCCAAUAGAGAAAGCAGUACCUCUCUCAGUCUGUUGUGGAGGAAAACCUCUGAAGAGGAAGAACAGGAGUGGUACUAACAUCAUCGCUGCAGCUGGGCUGAACGAUGUCUCCACUCUGCAAUUGCAGCUUGAGGAAAUGAAAGACAAGACUCAGUGCCAGGUGUGCAUGGACCGCAAGAAGAACUGCGUGUUUCUGUGCGGCCAUGGUACCUGCCAACUAUGUGCGGACAAGAUAACAGAGUGCCCCAUUUGCAGGAAGCCUGUCGAGAAGAAAAUCAUUCUAUUUGACUGAACAAUUGACUAUAUAAUUAUAUUCUGUAUAUAUUAUCAUGCACAAUUCAUUUUUGUCGUUCUUUUUUAUUGUGAUUAAUUGUUAAUCACAUGAGCUUGUAUGUUAAUCACAUGACAUUGCCUGUAUGUUUUAGUACA